GGCGGCGCUGAUGUUCGGAGACCUACGGCCCGCCCCGGCCCCGCCCCCUCCGGUGCACCGGGAAGGGUUCCGGGGCUGCAGGCGGGAUGUGGCCGGGUCUGUUACCGUGGAGCAGGCGGCCGCUGCUACAGUUGCAGCUUCUGCGGGGCCUGUUACAGGGGAGGCGGGGGCCGCUGCUACAGUUGCAGUUGCUACAGUUGCAGGAGGCCGCCCGCGCGCUGUCCAGCAGCCCCAGCCCCGGCCCCGGCGGCCUGCGAGGCGAGGUCGACCGCUUCGGGGGCGUUACAGUGCGCUUGGGCCAGCUCCAGCCUGCGGACAGCGUGGACCCGGCCACCUUCCGGACUUGGCUCCAGGCCUCAAUCCAGCAAUGGCGAGCAGAGGGCAGAAUAGCCGUCUGGCUGCACGUCCCCAUCUUCCACAGCCAGUUUAUAAGCCCAGCGGCUUCCCUGGGCCUUCGCUUUCACCAUGCAGAGGCCGAUGCAUCUCUGAUGACCCUGUGGCUUGGGGAAGGGCCCAGCCGCUUGCCAGGCUAUGCCACCCAUCAAGUAGGAGUAGCAGGUGCUGUAUUUGAUGAAGAUACUGGAAAAGUACUGGUUGUACAAGAUCGAAAUAAAAUGAAAAAUGCAUGGAAGUUUCCAGGAGGUUUGUCAGAGCCUGGAGAGGAUAUUGGAGACACAGCUAUUCGAGAGGUUUUGGAAGAGACUGGCAUCAAGUCGGAAUUCAAAUCCCUCCUGAGUAUCAGGCAACAACAUGGGGCCCCCAAUGCAUUCGGGAAGUCGGAUAUGUACAUCAUCUGCCGGCUGAGGCCGCUUUCCUUCCACAUUAGCUUCUGUCCGCACGAGUGCCUGAAGUGUGAGUGGAUGAAUCUCACAGACCUCGCGCAAACAGAUGACACAACUCCCAUCACCCACAAAGUUGCGAAUUUGCUGCUUUACGGGCACAGGGAAGGGUUUGAGAAGGUUGACAUCGCCAUGCAAGAACUCCCCUCUGUCUACGUGGGCCUGUUCUAUAAACUCUAUCACAGGGAGUUGCCAGAGCUCUAUGAAAAUAUAGCUAGAAUGGAUUAAAAUUCACAUUUACAGCCUUUAAUAAUUUAAAAAGAGUUUCUGGGGCAAAUGAAUGAAUAGUAGACUUAGGAGGAGUGAUCACUAGACCUGUUUUUUCUACAUUAUUUCUUUCAGGAUAAAUGUGUUUUAAAAUGUGCAUAUCUUUAGAAGUUUCUUUUACAAAGGGAGCCAGAAUCAAGAAAAGAGGAGUGCUUCCUUCCCAGGGAGGCUCGCCACGUGUCACAAUGGACACAUCAGUCACUUAAGCAAUCUCCAAGCUUGUUGUAUUGCUAGCGUCCCAUAUUGACACGAUGAUUUAACUCACCCCUGGUAAAUAAAAGCUUACGGUUUGGCCAAAGUCA